CCCUUCCUUUGUAGUUGUACGAUCGAGUUAGAGACAGUACUAAGUGAUUCAUACUAAUCUAGGAGAUCAUGUUGAUUUGUGGAACUGGAACAAAUUCGAUCUUGAUGUAGUUUGUAAUUCGUGAUCGCUCAAAGGAGGUUGGCGGGACUGUGGCCGAUUACACGCAUCGUUUUGGCGGCACCACCAGGACAGAAGUGGAACAACACCAAGAGGGCGGCAAAAAGAACAAGUUCGGAGGUGGUGGAGUAGAAAAGCCUACGGCAGAACUGGACGCAGCAGCUUUGGCGCUUUUGAUGAGCAAAAACACAACUCCAUCAACUGGAGAUGCCUUAGAAGAAAAAGGGUUUUCUGGUGGGGAGAUCUGAAGAUUGAUCUUUCUGAUGUAGAAGUUCCUGACCUAUUGGGUCUCGCAUACAGGUAAUGGAUCACAAGGAGAUAAACGAAUUUCAACUUGUAUAGAAGUAAUGGAUCAAAAGGGCAAGAUGAACGGAUCUGUAUAGAAAUAAGGAUUGUAGUUGUUGGCGGAUCAAAUGAACUCAAUCACCAAGUAGAAGAACAUCGACCACGACUAGGGAUCUUCUGGGGGUAGGACUACAAAGUUAACAGGACUAGGAGAUCAAGCUAUAAAGGUAGUAGGAGAAAGGUCAAGAUCAUGAACAUAAUCAUCUCUGUAGCUGGGAUACAUAGGAGGAGUAGACCAAAUGAAGAUAUAAUCGAAUUAAAUUUGAUUGCGGAUCAUAUGGUUCGUAUUAAAUUUUAA